UCUUAUAGCCUCUAAACAAAGCCGGCCUUUUGCCAAAGCAGUGAGUCAGCGACCUAAGCCUGCGCAAGCGUCCCACAAUAAUGACCUUUCCCCUACACAUCUGUUUAUAACAGGUUCCUUCAUAAUGUUUCAAACUCCCAAGGUCUCAGGCUUGUUCCUUUUGAGGAACUGAUAAAACAUCCUUGUUUGCAAGCAAUGUUUUCCCUGGGGCCUUGUGAGUUCACCAGGCAGAACAUUCUGUUUGCAGAAAAGUCCAGCCAGCUUUGUGGAUGCCUCGCGUGCAAGCACAACCACAUUUCAUGCCAGGUCUCCUUCACCCACCUACUCCUUCUCCUUAGAACAUACAAGGUGGCCUCAAAAAGUUAUUUUUGGAAAACACUUGUGAAAAUAUCCACAGGAGAGCCUCAGAGUUUAUGUCGUCAACAGUCUAAAAUUUAAAGUAUAAAGCUCAACAGGAGUCAAGACGCACAGAGCAAUGAACUUCAGUAUUACAGUAUGAGUAAGUGUACCUUUUUACACCCAUAUAGACCGUGCCCCAGCACAUCUGAAAAACAGAAUAUCAUUCACUUCUGCCACUUUGGUUGAAACUUAAACUAAAUAUUAACCCAGUUCAUCCUUCUGCUGAUGGUUAGCUCUGAAAUUUGUAAUACAUUAACCUUUAACCACUGUUGCACUUUCUACCAGCCCUCUCUCUUUAGCCUCUUGAGCUUCUGCAAAAGGAACCCUAAAGUCACCAUAUUUAUCUCAGACUCAGCUAUUGCAAAAUCUAUGAGUUUAGGCAUGCAGAGAGUGUGGGAGGUAGAAGUAGCUGAUCCAAAUGAAGGUGGAGGAGCUGCUCCUCUAUGUUUACAGGAAGACCCACCUUCCUUAUUUGCUGCCCUAUGGUUUUGGAACACGUUAAAAAAGCCCUAUGCUACUGUUACUGAUCUAGUAACAGAGUGUAUAUAGAAGGGAAGAAACCACUUUUAUGUUAGGGACCAAUGGAUUUAUGUAUGUCUGCACUUAUUGAAAAGACUCUGGAAAAUGAGAUUUUGCAGAUCACAUCACGUAAAUCACCAGCCUUUGUUUUAUUUCAACUGGAUAAGUGUCAUAGACUGAGAAGAAAACACUUUGGCUGAAUGUUACACUUUCGUUGCUAGGAGACAAGCCAUUUUGUGAUGUCACAGCUACUCAGGUUGGGAACCUUGUGAUGUCUGGGUAGUUUAUCUGUGUAGGUCUGCCAAAGCAGCAUUUGAAGCUGCAGUGUUCGAAACCACGCAAAUGAGAAAAGUAGCUGAAGAAGAAUUUCUUUGAGAUGGCACAUAUUUCUUCAGAAAUUCAAGACGGUUCUCCUAAGGAUGGAUCAACUGGUAAAGACACUUCCAUUAGAUCUCCAUCGUGUGAUCACACGUUCACUGGGGACUCGGAGUUGAGGUCUCUGAUCGAAGAAAAAGCUUUCCAGGCUUUGUCUGAGGGAUCCUUGAUAAAAAGACCACAUCACACAUUUUGUGUCUCCGACCCAGAGGAAGAUAAUGAUUUUCUUUCACUGACCUUUCCCAGAAAACUUUGGAAAAUUACUGAAAGCAAUCACUUUAAGUCUAUUUGGUGGGAUGAGAAUGGAACUUCUAUAGUGAUUAAUGAAGAACUCUUGAAGAAAGAAGUUUUGGAAAAAAAGGCCCCAUUCAGAAUAUUUGGAACCGAUAGUAUGAAAAGUUUUGUUCGACAGCUUAACCUUUACGGAUUUCGCAAAAUGCGACCAAAUUUUCAAAGAUCUGCUUCUCUAGCUGACUUUCUGGCAGAAGAAAAAACAGUCUCUGUUUUAACAAGCAAGUUGCAGUUCUAUUAUAAUCCAAAUUUUAAACGAGGCUGUCCCCAACUUUUAGCAAGAAUGAAAAGAAGAGUCAAGAUUAAAAAUUCUUUGCCAGUGUCUCAUUCAUCAGUUCAAGAUUUCGACAGGAAGCACUUUAGUGCAGGGAAUAAUGUGGAUAAUCCUACUUCUGGAUUAGUUGCUGAAACUAGUGGAGAAAGCCUAGUUUCAACCUCUACAAAUUUAAACGUGCCUCUAAUCAGGGGGCCUUCUUCCAGCCAGACAAUUGCUAAUACAACUCCCCCAAUGAGAACUGAUUUUUAUCCACCAUUAGCAACUUCAAUUAGACCAUCAGAACAAAUUUUAUCAGAUCAACAUGCCUUUUUAAAUCAGCUGACCACUUUUCACAUGCACUCACAGAGCAGCUGCACUCAAGCAAAUGGGCACAUUGUGAAUUUUGUUACAACUACAACUUGUACUUCUCGGUACCACAUUAUAUCUCCCUUACAGAACAGUUAUUUUGGACCGAUGGUGGAGCCUUCUACUUUUCCAACUACAUAUCCCUAUUUGCCAGCUAAUGAGAGUCUUUUUCCUAGCCUGCAACUAGCAGGCAACCCAUGGUUCCCAAUGCCUGUGAUACCUAAUACUUCUGCUGCAUCUCUUUCAAGGUCAACUCAUCAACCAUCAUCAUUAUACAUACAUCAUCCUCAUUACAACUGAUCUUCUACCAAACGACUACCAGAGUAUGCAGGAUAACAAAGAUAAAGAUUUAUGCUGGCAGAUAUCGACAAAAUACCUGCAAUUCUCUUAUUUGAACAAUAAACUUACAAGUUCACGUGUAUGGUUUCAUUUUCUU